AUGACAGCCUCAACAAGAAUUCCACUGAGAUCGGGUGACACCCAUAUCUCCAGCCAGACGCGGUGGGGAUCACGCGAUCUCCACCCUGGAGAGCGAGUAGCACCGACAGCACCCAAACGUUUCGUAAUCCCCUUCAUACUCCUCUGCCAGGUCAAGGGUUGGACACCUCUCUGUUUUCAUCACUCUGAGUGGGGCAUGGAAAACAGCGCUCUCUUCGGCAAACGAUCGUUUGGUAUACGUAAAACAUGUCCCAACCAACGCAGCUUCUGGUGCUGGACACAUUCUUCAAUGGAGGUACCCGUUACACAACCGAAAACGCGCUUUCUAACUGCCUCAUUAAUGAUUCACCGACACCAUUCUACACGAGAUAUGAUUCUGAGACAACGAUUUCAUCAAAUCAUCACCAUCAUCGACAGCAUGACAUCAGUUUUCAACACCGAUGCUUCACUGCCGUACAACCAUGAUUCAUUUGAAAGCCUUAUUGUAAAGAAAAGAACAUUCACUCAGGCGAUCUGGAUAGGAACUGACAACAAGAUGACCACUGACAUCGGUUGGCAGCCAUAUCUUGUAGUGUCUUCAAUCAGACACACGGUCCCUAUCCUGAAAGGCGAGUAA